AUGGCGUCCGAAUGUCAAAACAAGGCUCAAAGGAGCCAAAGGGGGCAGGAGGAGGCCGAGAGGAAGCUCGACGAAGCCGAGGCUGCGCGGAGGGAGGCCACCGCAAGGAUGGAGGCUGCCGAGGCCAAGCUACGAUCCGCGGUCGAGCGCCUCGAUGAAGAGAAAGCCUCGCAUGCUCUGGCCAGGUCGGAGCCCCGCGCCUCUAAGGUGCGUUUGGUCGACACUCGUUCCGAGAUCGCCGGCCACAAGUACGAGGCGGGGGUCCUUCGGCUGAAAAUCGAGCAACUGGAAGCUUUAGAAAGAAGGGCGUUGGAGCAAGCCCAGAACGCGAUGCAGAUCUUCCGCGAGUCGGACGAGUUUCGCGAGUUGAUGGAGGAAGAGGCGGUUGACGGGCUUAUCCGCGGCUUUGAGGAUUUCCGAAGGCAGAUGCUGAUGAUUUGUCCCAAGUUCGACCUCCACAGACUUCAGUCUCGUUUGGGGGUCAUUGAAGACGAUAACGAGCCCGGAAGUCCUGAAGAUGAUAGCGCGCUCGACGGUGCGCCUGAGAGUCCUGAGGCCGAACGGGGGGUCGUCGAGGCCGAGACCGAGGCGGCCCAGCAGACUGCUCGGAAGGCUCCCCCCAGAGAAGCUGACGAAGGUGCUCCUGAAAGGGCUUCUAAAGCUGCUCCCGAGGCUACUAGCGAAGCCCCAACCGAGGCCACUACAGAUGCCUGCGGAGACGGAUCAGCAGAAGACCCCAGAGGGGCUCCUGCUGAGAAUCUCAGUGUGCGUAUUUAA